UAAUUUGUUACAUUAAGCAUGUCUGCACAAUACCAAAGAUUUAUUAAAGUACUCGAGAAGUGGCCAGCAGAAAAAACUAAAGUCGGCAGGGAUCUGGGAGAGCAAAUCCGCAAACAAGUAACCAAACUGACAGACGCGAGCAGCCUCAAUAUUGAAACGACUGCGCAGCUAACAAAGCAAAUUGACGCCUUGGAGCGGAUUUCGAACAACAUUUACGCCAAGAAGUAUCCACGUCGCUACGAGUCCACAGCCACGGGCCUAACCGCCGCCCAGUGCAGCCAGGUGCUCAGCUCAGAGUUUUUGCAGUAUCUGAACGAUGGCGGCGCCAAACGCAAUUAAAGCAAUUACCACAAUGAAGAUGAUGAGCCAAUUCCUGACUAGACCAAGAUCAAUACCAACACAGCAACUAAGACAUUGUGCGAUAACUGUCACGCCUCCAGCUCCAUCUGCUCCGCACGUGCCCGUGCUCUGCCAGACGGCUAUUGACUAUCUGCAGCCGGUGGCAAGCGGCAAAUACAUCGAUAUGACCUUUGGCGCUGGUGGACACACGCGUCGCCUACUCGACAGCUGUCCGGACACCACAGUCUAUGCCCUGGACCGGGAUCCGCUUGCCCACGAGCUGGCUCAGCGCAUGAGCCAGGAGAACGACUACGCUGGACGAUUGGUGCCGCUCCUAGGAAAAUUCUCGGAACUGCCGCAGCUGCUGCAAUCGCUGGACGUGCCACGGCAUAGUUUUGAUGGCAUGCUGUUCGAUUUCGGCUGCAGUUCCAUGCAGUUCGAUGAGGCAGCACGCGGCUUCUCUAUUGCGCACAACGGACCACUGGACAUGCGCAUGGAUUGUGGACGCAGCGGCAGCAUCAGCGCCGCCGAUGUGCUAGCCCGUGCCGAGGAGGCGGAUCUGGCGCGCAUAUUGCGCGUUUACGGCGAGGAGAAGGCAGCCAAGAAAAUCGCGCGCGCCAUUGUGGAGGCACGUAGCGCACUGCAGCGCAUUGAGACCACGCGACAACUGGCCGACCUGGUAGCCGCAGUGCUGGGCGAUGGUCAGCGGCUGGACAGGCUGCAGCGGCCAGCCCAUGCGGCGACCAAAACGUUUCAGGCGCUGCGCAUAUUUGUCAACAACGAGCUGAACGAGAUCAACUAUGGCAUGCUGCUGGCCCAAGAGCUGUUACGUGCCCAGGGCCGCCUGGUGGCCAUCACAUUUCACUCGCUGGAGGACACCAUUGUCAAGCGUCACAUUAAUGGCAAUGUGAUCGAGGGCGUGGCCAAUCCGCUGCCGCUCAAGUAUUGUGGUCAUGAUCUCACCCAUGACCCGGAGCUGUUGGAAUCCUUUGUGCAAUCUAAUUGGCGCCAGCUGCAUCGACACGUCAUUCAGCCUGAUGCCACAGAAAUCGCACGCAAUAGCCGUAGUCGUUCGGCCAAGCUGCGUGCCGCAAUUAAGAUUAAGUAAA